AUGCCAGCGAUACCGAGUGAAGAUGAAUGGUUAGACCAAACGGCGAAGGCUCAGCAGGAGGUUGAGGAAACCCAGGUUGAGGAUCCGUCGCUCAAUGAUGCACCAGUUCAUCCAAUUGCUCAACUGCAGGGACCUUUCGAAGAGUCUAUUGCUGAAUCUACGGUUGCAUCGCAUAGCAAUUGGCAAGUAUUCAUGGACGCACAUGCUCGACGCAAUCAAGUGUUGACGGCUUCCGUAUACGAGCGUCUGUGUGGGAGAAGAUGGAAGCAGCGGCCAAAUGAGAAGUACCAUCCACUCUGGAAAUUAAUGUCUCAGAUAGCCUUCGGUCUUCAUUUGCUUGCCAAACGCUUAGCCAAGUCAGAGUCUGCUGUGAUCAAGAUCUUGCAAGUACAUGUAGCCGAACUUGAUGGCUUCAUUGAGAAUACCACAGAAGACAUAGCUCUUGCGUUCAGCGAUGUUGAAGAACGUUUGACUCACUUGCGCUUGCCGCUUGGAAACAUUCCAGUAUUAAGUGAUAUGCUAGCGGAUGAAGCAUUUCGACAAACUGUCAUCAGGGAUCACGACCGCAUACAGCAUAUAGUCAAGCGGAGUGUCCUCGCUAUGGAUGAUCACGCCAAGGAUAUAGAAAAGGGUUUACAGUCUGUUCGAAUUCUUGGCAUAUAUCUCCUAGAAUUAAGGGAGGAUUGGAAUGAUCAGACUGGUAGCCUUGAUGCGGUUUACACUGCCAUGGUUGGCAAUGUCGACGGUUGGAAACGCGAAUUCAAAAGACUGAAGCGCAAGGCUUAUAAGCUCGCCAGGAGCCUUUCCAUGUUGCAUCAAGUCGCGUUCGAAAUACAACGGCUUGUGGACAUAGCUAGCACGAAUAACAUAGUGAACCACCGCCCAUUAUCACAAUCCCCAGCAGAUCCGGACUCUUAUACCUCCAAGGCCCAGACGGUUUCAAUCGUUGCAGGUUCCACUCCAGCUACGUUAGUUAAGACAACGCCUCGGCAAGCAAAUCCGGAGUCAUUCAAGCCAGGCUCUAUACUUCGACGUGGUCACCAGCAGAACCCUUCGGGACCUCUGGGGAACAAGAAAGAAUUGAGCAGUACGACAGAUCGUUACUAUGCUCGUCUGAAUACUGAUAGCAUGACACCACGACGGUCUGCUACAGCGCCAGUAGUCUCAGAGAGUCAGACCAAGGAUACCGUUCGAAAGGAACGAAAAUGGGAACAACAACGACCAAAGACGUCCUCUUCCAAAGUCGUGGAGCACUUCGCCGCGCAAGAAAAAGAAUCCAAUAGACCACUGGCUAGGUUUGGUUCCAAAAUUGACCGGUUCCAAAAAUCGACCUCUAAGAUAUUCGGUGUCUCUGCUUUCCCCAGAAAUAACAGCAAGAACAAGACCAAGCCCAAGAUAGAGCCCAGUCACAAGGAGUCAUUGGAAGCCAUGGGGCGUUCGUGGAUUGAUUUUGAUACUCGCGAUAAGCAAAUGAGUUGGUCUCAUCAACCAGGACAAUCUGACGUACAGACUGUAGCACCUAGAAAGGAUAUUGCACCACAAUUCCCGCACUUGUUUUAUAUGUCGUUUCUAGAGGACCAGUCAGCAAGUGAUGAGGAAGAUCUAAAGUCACCAGACGAGGAGUAUAUGAAGGAUGGAGCCGGCGAGGAGGACGAUCUCAAUCAUCAAAUUACCGCAUUACCCACUGUGACACACUCUAUGGCUGGUCUCGAAGAUAAGUCCAGUCAAGACGAUGAUAUGGCAGCUGAAGUCGCGUCCACCUAUUCGGCGAAAAAUCGCAGAUUCAGAGCGAAGAACCUACAUGUACCGCCUCUCCCCAAACCCAAAUUUGGUAAGCCUCCAAAUUCAGACAACAACCACGUGAUUUAUCAAAAUCGCAACUGGCUACGCCCAAAACCUUCUACUGUCUUCUCCUUUAUUUCUUCUAAGAAGGGCGCAGAAGAUGCCUCACUGAAUUCGCCUUCUCUGUUCAGAUCCAGACGUGGUUCUGGCACAUCUGAAACUCCAUCGGGACCGAUAUCAUCUCAAACAAACCAUACACAUGUGCCAAUAUUCAACCCGGCAUGGACUGCACCAAAGGAUGUAUCUACCAGAAAUGUGGAAACGCCUCCGAUAUCUCCAAAGGCAUUUUCUUCGGCUGUAGCGGGCACCAACAUGAGACCAGGGACAAGCCAGUCUAGCGCUCGUGGGAGUAUAAUUGACAGCUCAGUCCCUGCAAACACGAAUUCCAGUAAGGCACCUCCUGCCAACGCACACGAGAGAAGGGCAUCUAGUGCUACUAGAACGAAAGGCAAUAGCGACCCUCGAAGUGCAUCCCCCCUCGCCAUUACUACCACACUCGAAAAACCCCAGCAUGGCGGUCUCAGUCUCUUCCCUCGAACACCGACGACACCGAGAGUUCGAAAGUUUGUCUCAAUGGCUUCACUCAGAGAGGUCACGGCUGCAGACGAUAUUGAUAAUCAACCUCCGAGAAGCCGAGGAUAA